GACAUUGUAAAGAGAAUGAAGGCUUCUGAAAAAACAGAGGAAACCAUUGAAGCAGCCCGUGGUAUCUACCUACCUUUGGCCUGUAGAGGGGCCGUGCUGUACUUCGUAGUGGCCGACCUUGUUAAUCUCAACUACAUGUACCAGUUCUCUCUGCACUGGUUCCACAAGGUAUUUGUGGAGUCUAUGAAUGUUUCAAAGACAAAUCAAACUCACAACUCUUUAAUGUCAUCUUCUGGCACCAUCCGGCCACUGAGCCGGCAGAGGUCUAUAGAGAAAGAAGCCACGGAUGAGGAAAAUAUGGACAUCAAAAGGCACCUUCACAAUAUCUGUGACACUCUUACCAGAAAUGUUUACAAGAUAGUGUCAUCAUCCCUCUUCACAGAACACAAGCUCUGCUUCUCCUUCUUGCUGGUGGUGAACAUCAUGAGGAAUGGCAGUGAGGAUCUUCCAGGUCCUCUGGGGUUCCUACAACAUGCUGAGUGGAAUUUCUUCCUAAACUCAGUGCUGCUGACCAACUUCACAUACAGGAAAGAAUCUGCAGGAGACAGCGGUGAGUCUGCAGCACCUAACAUCCCAAAGUGGCUCUCUGGCUCCACCUGGAGGCAGUGUGAGUAUUUGACACACCACCUUGAGCCAUUCUCUGCUCUCUCUGACUCUCUGCUAUCCAGUGACCAGCAGUGGAGGGAGUUCUGCAACAGCAACAACUUGUAUGAAUUCCUCAAGAGCCCAUACAGAGGAGAGGAUCUCUCGUUACAAGAAGGUACAACACAAAUGUCAGACAGAGAAGUCACUGGGGACCUGGGAGAAGAACUUACAAAUACUGGAUUUCACUGGGAGAAGCUUUCUUCAUUCCAGAAACUUAUGCUGAUCAAAAUCCUCCGUCCAGAAUGUUUAACCAGCGCCAUCCAGGAGUUAUCAUUGAGAAAAUGGGUAAAGAAUAUGCUCAGAGCAGUGCAAUGAAUCUGAAGCAAGCCCUAGAGGAAACCAGCAACGCUUCUCCACUUAUCUUCAUACUCUGUUCUGGUAGUGACCCAGUUGGUGACCUGGAGCGCCUAGCACUAGAGACCCGAGGGAGCACGCUGCACCUGGACAUGAUCUCUCUCUGGGCCGUGGUCAGGG